ACCUUGAUGUUAAUGACCUUGGAAGAACUCCCACUGAAACAGAAUUGGACACAAGUUUGUCAGAGCUCUUAGAACAGCAAGGCAUUAUGGAGGGCAGGGAUGAUGAGGGACUCCUUGAGACGAGUGAAAAAAUAGAAGUGCACCAAAGAGCAGCAGUUCCUCACGACAGUCAGACCAACCAGCUCAACAUAGGCAGCAGACAGUCAUCAGUGGUCAUCAGCCAGUUUUCCAAAGUGCAUGAAUAUGAGGAGAUCUUCAGCAGCCUUGCCAGGUACUGUGUUGUCACUCUGUCUAACUCAGCUGUCCAGAGAGUCCACCGCAAUAAGCUUACCAACCUUGGAGCUGUACACACCAUGUGGUCAACUCUUUUGUGUGGAGGAACUGCUCUGAAAAACCAGUUAUCACUCCCAGUGUGUGCAACAUUAUCCCGGCUAUGUUGUCCAGUGUCCUCUCACAGUAAGGCAGUAGUCCUCAGUGAUCAGAACAAGACUGCAGGGCUGCAGCUCAGUGCAGAUCAGCUAGAGAUUAGAAAUGACACGUGGACAUUUGAAAGUAUAAGAGCAUCCCAUGGGAUCAAACUUUGUUCCCAGAAUGAGUAUAAAGACUCCUUGCCUAUGGGAUGGUAUUAUGAGGUCAACAUUAAGUCUAGCAGCAUAAUCCAGAUAGGUUUUGCCAAUGAAAGCUGUGUCUUCCAGCCAGAAAAGGGGUUGGGCGUUGGAGAUGAUAAAAACUCAUGUGCAUUUGAUGGUGGAAGAUGUAAGAAGUGGAAUGGAUCAAUAACUGAACUGGAGGACAAUAAUUAUGGGGAAGAAUGGAGUGAUGGGGACAUGAUCAGCUGUUGUCUGUCCAGAGAUGGUCAGGUGUCAUUUUGGUUAAAUGGAAAAGAUCUGGGGGUGGCCUUUACUGGACUGGACCUCAGCAAGAUUUGGUUUCCUGCUGUUUCUGUCUCCACAGAGCAACAAGUCAGAGUAAAUUUUGGGAGUUCACCAUUCAAAUAUGCAAAACCUGAUGGCUAUGCUUCUGUCAGUUGUUUGAGCAAGUCUGAGAUGGGUGAGACUGGUUAUCUUGAAGAUGGUCAAAUAAGGGAUAAGGUAGGAUUUAGUUGUUGA